CAAGAGGGUGAUCAUCGGAAGAGGUCAUGGAAGUUGCAGCAGAUCAGCCUCGCUGGAUGACUCACGCUGUCCUAAACGGUCAGCACCCUGACUCCCAUCACCCGAGCUUAUCUCACAACUACAUGGAACCCACUCAACUCCUGCCUCCCGAUGAAGUCGACGUGUUUUUCAAUCACCUCGACGGCCAGGGCAACCCGGUGUCCCCGUACUACAGCAACUCUCCCCACGCCCGGGCUAGCGUCUCAUAUCGCCAGGCUCACGCCCGCCUGACGGGGAGCCAGGUUUGCCGGCCCCAUCUCCUCCACAGCCCCACCAUCUCCUGGCUGGAUAGCGGGAAGACGCUUUCGGCGGCGGCGGCGGCGGCGGCUCACCAUCACCACCACAACGCCACGGCUUGGACCGUCAACCCGUUCAGCAAAGGGCCCCUGCACCCGGGCGGAGCAAGUGGCAUCUCUGUGUACCCCGGCAGCAGCUCGGCAUCCCCCCUGUCGCAGGCGGCGGCGGCGGCGGCGGCCGCGGCGGCGGCGGCGGCCGCGCACUCCAGCCCCCAUCACCUCUUCAGUUUCCCGCCCACUCCGCCCAAGGACGUGUCUCCGGACCUGGGAGCCCACAGCUCGGUAUCUCCCUCCAGCUCGGCGGCGGCGGCGGCGGCGGCAGCAGCAGGUCGGCAGGAUGAUAAGGAAUCCAUUAAGUAUCAUGUAUCUUUGGCUGAGGGUAUGAAACUGGAAUGUUCUAGGACCACUAUACCAUCGCUUGGAACAAGUGCACCAUCCACUCACCACCCUAUACCCACCUACCCUUCUUAUGUACACGGUACCCACGAAUACAGCAGCAAUCUCUUCCAUCCCAGUGGUCUCCUUGCCGGCGCCUCUAAUUUCACAACUAAAUCCAGGAGCAAAACACGGUCAUGUGCCGAGGGCCGGGAGUGCGUGAAUUGUGGAGCGACCUCUACUCCGCUGUGGAGGAGAGACGGAACAGGACAUUACCUGUGCAAUGCCUGUGGCCUUUACCAUAAGAUGAAUGGUCAGAACAGACCCCUCAUUAAACCGAAAAGGAGAUUGUCGGCGGCCAGGAGAGCCGGGACUUCUUGCGCCAACUGUCAGACCACCACCACUACUUUAUGGCGACGGAAUGCAAACGGGGACCCCGUGUGUAAUGCCUGUGGCCUGUACUUCAAACUACACAAUGUGAACCGGCCCCUGACGAUGAAGAAGGAAGGAAUUCAGACCCGGAACCGGAAGAUGUCGAGCAAGUCAAAGAAAAGCAAGAGGAUGUCGGAUGGUUUUGAGGAGCUGUCCAAGUGCAUGCAAGACAAGGCGUCGUCCUUCAGCUUGGCGGGUCACAUGCAACACAUGGCGCACCUGCCCCAAUUCAGCCACGCAGGUCAUGUGCUGCCCACGCCCACCCCCAUUCACCCAUCAUCCAGCCUCUCGUUCGCGCAUCCCCACCCCUCUAGCAUGGUGACCGCCAUGGGCUAGGAGGAAUGGGAAUCUCCCUCGGAGGAAGUGUGUGAGAGAGAGAGAGAGAGAGAGACAGGAGAGAAGCAAGAAAAGCAAACGGCACGCAAGGUUUAUGCCUUUAUCUUUUUUUAAAAGAGAAAAGAAAAAUCAAGGACAAAGUGUUGUUUGAAAACAUUGCGGGGUUUGUGGGGGGCUGGGAUAUGAGUUACCCCAAUGUUUGCUCGGUUGUCUUGGCAAGACUUUUGGGUGGGAGAGUUUCAAGUCAAAUUAAAUAAUCAUUUGACUGUACUCUAAGGACACACCGGAGAGACUGUGCCUGACUGGCAUUGCCCUGUUCAGACUGAUUUGAGAGACAAAAAGAGGGAGGACCACGUCAAGAAAAGUAUAAAGGACUGUUGUCCUUGUUAUCCAUGUGAAUAUUGUAAAUCUGAGAAUUCGGGAUAAAUUGAUUGCUAAACCCUAAUAGCUGAUGCUGGAUUCUUUUCUUUUUUCAUUGUAAAAAACAAAAAAAAAACACUCACAAAAGAUAAGCGAAGCCACUUAACUUUGAAGUAUAUUUCUUUCUGUUUGCCUUGCUUUAAUUAUUUCAUGAUGUGCAGAUAUUUUUUUUUGAGAGGGAGGUUUUCUGCUGAUUCUAUGUGGCAGUGUAGACGGCAUGGGAGACAGGUGUUGGGUUGUUAGGAGUGGUGGUGAGGUAAAUGUGCCAUCUGGUGCGGGGUCAGAAUGUGGCCCACGGUGACCCCUGGGUUUAGUCGUUUGUCUAUGUCGAGUUUACUAGUGUAAAGUGGAUCAGGUAGACGCUAGAGUCACUGGUUUUAGCCCUAGCCCAUCUCAACCUCCACCUACUGUGUUAGAGAAGGUAGGAGUAUGGGGGCUGGGAUAGGCAGGGCUCUCAAUGCCAUCUGGCAACUCUGGCUGUAGUAAGGAUAGGGUAGGGCCCAGUGUGAUGAGCUCCAUGGCAAAAUAGCCAGCUGCUAUUUAUUUGUGAGCUUGGGUGAAGAAUGUCAGUUAGAAGAGAUGCCGGGGAGGGAUUGAGGGAGGGCACCUGGACCCCAGGGGGGAGUAAUCCUAGCAAGACAGGAGGAUGGACAAGCUGUGUCUGGGAAUGAGGAGGUUGUCAAAGCCAGCACCCAUUAAUGAAUCAGUCUCUACCUUCCAAGUCAGUUCUCAGUGUCAGAUACACACCAACUUUGUAAGUGAAGAAGAGAUGUCAUUGUAGAUAAUUAAUUGUUGUACAUUAUUAUUAAUACCACAAGCUAGCAGAUACAUUCGCAUGAAUUCUUCAGAAAGUUUACCAUCUUCGUCUUAUUUUAAUUUAAGGUAACAGAAUUGCUGCUUCCACUUUAGACUUAAAAGGGACAUUGUGCCUUUAACACAAUUAUUCAGCAAAAGAAAGGCCCAAUAUCCAAGGAUAUGUUGGGAGCAAGUGAACCAGUUGCAACACUAUUUACUGUAUUCCAGAACACUUCAGCCAUAGCUUAGAUCUAAGAACAUGCCACCAAAUCAAACAACAACAAAAAACAAUUCGCAUUUAUAUAGCGCCUUUAAUACAGAGAAGCGCCUCAAAACGUGUCAAAUGAGCGUAAAUCAGACAAAAUUUGAAAUGGAGUCACAUAGGGAGAUUGUAGGGCAGGUGAACAAAAGCUUGGUGAAAGAGGUAGUUUUUAAAGGAGGAAGGUAUUUGAGAGGAAGGAGUUCAGAAAUAUUACCAUGGAUUUUACUGUUGGUUGUUUUGAGAAACACACUUGUUUUAUGAUGGUCAUUUGGUUUGAGUUCUGCACUAUCAGCUUUCAAAAUCAAUGUGCUGUUUAAAUUAAACUUGAUCUUUGCUACAUUGUAACUUGGGAGCUUAAAAUUGAACUAAUGAAAUAGUAGAGGUCUCACCAUUAUUUUAAAUGUCCAAUUAUAACUCUGAAAACUUAUUUUUGCAAACAAUUCCCAUCUCCUCCUCUCACACCAAACCUAUCCACUUUGAUUAUUCACCAGAUGAAAUCAAUCCGCAUUGUGCGGUGUUGAACUGGACAUGGGGAGGAAGGGGAGAGAAGAAUGUCCUAUUAAAUACAUUGUCCUCUGCUCCAAUACUUGUGCUUGCACCAUGUGAGUUUCUACAUGGUGGAAGGGGAAAGGAUAUUCCUGUCCAUGUUCUUGAGAUCUGAUGAUUAUAUUGUGUCUUUGGGGACUAGGAGGAUCCCGGGGAGAUGGGUUGACAAGCAGAGCAGCUCACACUGUAAAAACUCCCAGGAGCUGCGAUUAGUGAGCAUCUUUCUCUUCUCGAACCUUGAAAUGUUUUCUGUUCUGGGCAUCCCAUCGAAAUAGCAACUGGAAAUAAACUGUACAGUCCAAUAUUACAGUGUUUGACUAUAACAGUGACUGGAUGAUAGCUCUUUUGUUGUGUUUUGCCUUGAGAAUUUGCAAAGGCGUGAUACAAAUGCAAGUUUGCUCUUUCAUUCCAUUCCACUCCUGAACAUGUCUUAGAUAGCAUGUAUGUAAGCGGCAUUUAAAAAAAAGACAAAUAAAAUACUUUAGCAGUCUGGGUUUUCCUUGGGAUGGUAUAAAGUGGAAGUAAAGGGAGACAGCAAACUUUAUUUUCAAGUGGUAGUCAUGUCAUUUUUCUUUUCAACUUCAUAAAUAAUAAAUCGGGUUGUUAAAAAUAUUUCAUGAAUAUUUCUCAAGGACUGAACAGCCAUAUUAAAAAUCCGCUUCAAAUGUUUAUAGGAUGGUUUGCUGGUGGCACUCAGUAUAUAUAGCUGCACUUUGUAUAGGUUAUGUAUAAUAUUGGAGGGGGCAGAAGAGAGGGAGGGCAAUUAAUAUCACGUGAGAUACAAUUUUAAAAAAAUCUUUUUCUCUUUCGUCGAAUGAAUUGACACCCGGUGUGUGUUUUUUAAAAUAUGGUACAGCUGAAUAUUAAUUAGAAAGGAAGCUGAUUUUUUUUCAUCUGGGAAUGUCAAGGCAGGGGAGAGUUACUGACAAAAAUAUUUUUUAAGAAAAAAAACUAAAAAAAAAAUCAGAAUAAGAGGACAAGGUGCAAUAUAUUGUCACUCACUGCAGUGUAGUCUCUUCAGCAGUGAAGAUUUUUAAAUUAUUUUGUAUCUAUCAUCAUAAACAUUUUGUUUUCUCGCAGUAUUUACAUUCUUUACCUUGUUUUAUUUUUUGUUGGUAGAUUAAGUUAUUGGUUAAAUAUGUACAACAUGUUUAUAUAAUUAUCUGUAUAAAUGUGUAUGUUAUCAUCAUUAUUCCUCAUGAACAUUGCUAAAAGUGAUAAUAAAAAAUGAUAAA